UCUCCCCGUGCCUUUCAUGCCUCUCACCCUUCACCUCCCUUCACCAAACAAAUAUCUCUCGAGUCACUUCACCUCCACCAAAAUCUUAUCUGCUCUUUUCAUGCCUUUGCUCAGCCAUGACAGACCAAACUGCCUUUUUGAACAUCAAUUUCUCUCUCUCUCUCUCUUCGUUGACUGGAAGUAACAAGAGCCAGAGAGAGCUUUUAGAUAUGGCUUUUGUGUUCUCCAGCAAGUUCAAGGCCCUGAUAAACACUACAUUUCUACUACUGCUAUGUUUCUUCUUUACCACCCACAUAAGGUCUCCUUCACCUUCUUUCAAUCUCACAGCCAUUAAGGCUCCUAAGGGAGAUGGCUGCAUUGGCCUACAAAAGCUUAAAGAUCAUCACUCCAAAUGCUUCUACCUCAAGAACCACAUCGCAUGUGUCCCCCAAGGUUAUAUCAACUAUCUCCAUAUUUUCUAUUGUAUUUGUGGGAGAUAUCCUCCAUUAGGGUAUGCACUUCUAGCCCUUUGGCUGCUAGUCCUGUUCUACAUCUUAGGAAACACCGCUUCUCAGUACUUCUGCACCGCUGUGGAGAGCCUCUCGAGGGAGCUGAGGCUAUCACCAACCAUAGCUGGGGUCACCCUUCUGUCUCUGGGCAAUGGCUCCCCCGACGUGUUUGCGAGCAUCGUCUCGUUCCGGUCGGGAUCCGGCGAGGUGGGCCUGAGCAGCGUUCUCGGCGGCGCCUUCUUCGUGUCAUGCGUGGUGGUGGGCAUCAUCAACGUGUGCGCGGCGAGCUCGGGCUCUCGGGCUGCGCGCAUCGAUCGAUCGUGCUUCGUGCGCGACGUAUGCUUCUUCGUGCUCGUCCUCUCGUCCCUCCUCACGAUCCUCCUCCUCGGCCGCGUCAAUAUUUGGGAGGCCAUGGCCUUCUCCUCCCUCUACUUCGUCUACGUCUCUGUCGUGUCCGCCACCCACUUCUGCCGCGAUAAUAAGUACGAGGACCUCGCCGUGCCGAUCCUCGACGACGAGGAGCUCGACGACGAGCCCGCCAAAGAAUCACCUCAAGAUACCAACCAACAGCAGCAGAAUCCAUUAAAAUACUCCAGUUUCAAAGAGAUGGCGUCAUACUACGUGGGUUGGUUUCUGUACCUCAUCGACAUGCCAUUAUACCUUCCGAGGAGGCUGACGAUACCGGAUGUGUCCGAGGGGAGGUGGUGCAGGCCAUUUGCAGUGGCCUCGGCCACCUUUGCACCACUUCUAGUGGCAACACUGUGGAAUUCAAAGAGAGGAGGGAUGGGCACAAAGGAAGGACAGACAGUAUACCUAUACGCAGGGCUGGUGGGGUUGGUGUUGGGAAUCGUUGCACUCCAUACAACAAAGAAGGGUAGCCCACCAAAGAAGGUGCUUUUCCCGUGGCUAGCAGGAGGGUUCCUGAUGAGUGUGCUGUGGACCUACAUCAUAGCUGAGGAGUUGGUGGGGCUUUUGGUCUCAUUGGGUUACAUCUUUGGGAUAAGUCCUGCCAUAUUAGGGUUAACGGUGCUUGCAUGGGGGAACUCCAUAGGAGACCUGAUAGCAAAUGUGGCGAUGGCCAUGAAUGGGGGGCACGAUGGGGCCCAGAUUGCCAUUUCUGGGUGCUAUGCUGGUCCUAUCUUCAACACCUUGGCAGGGCUAGGGCUGUCACUGGUGGUCUCAGCUUGGGCUGUGCACCCGGAGCCAUUUGUGAUUCCGGUUACACCAGCAUUGUUUGAGAUUCUAGGGUUUAUGAUAGGGGGGCUGCUGUGGGCCUUGGUGAUGCUGCCAAGGAAGGACAUGAAACUGGACAGGGUGGUGGGCAUUGGACUCCUGGCUAUCUACUUGUUCUUUCUGUCUUUGAGGCUAUCUCAGAGCCUAGGGUUCGUGCGAGUUUGAGAACCAUUGUCUCCUUUUUUAUUUUUAUUCUUUCCUCUUUUGAUUAUGAUCUUAGAGGUUUAUAUUCUAUCGAGAGGGAAUUUUAAUCAACUCCCUUGGAUUUAUAAAUAAUUGCAUAUAAGCCUCUUUUUCUACUUGCACUCCCUUGCUUGUGGAUCUCAUCGCAAAUUCGAAGAAAAAUGCAUGAUGACCUUAACUUUUUU